CGUGUAGGCGGGGUAACAAAAUGGCGGAGACGUUCAAGAAGAUGAAGAACUACGUGACAGGGAAUGAGGAGGAAGAGAGAGGCAUAAUGGAAGAAAUGAAAGAUGAGUUAAACUGCUGCAAGAGUUUGAGCUGGGCAACCCGAAUCAAAGGCUUUCUGAUUUGUGUGGCUAUAGGAUUUGUACUAUCUAUGCUGGGAACAGUGAUGAUUUUUGUCGGCAAUUUUGUAGCAUUCGGAAUUCUGUACAGUAGUGGAACAAUCACAGCAAUAUGCAGUUCUUUUUUCCUGAUGGGUCCGUGGAGGCAAGUGAAGAAGAUGGUAGAUCCCAAUCGAUUGAUUGCAACAAUAGUGAUGAUUAUAACAAUUAUUCUCACGUUUCUGGCUGCAUUCUUGUGGAAAAAUGGCGGGCUCUGCAUUUUGUUCGUCAUCUUACAGUUUCUUGCAUUCACUUGGUAUUGCCUGUCAUAUAUUCCAUUUGCACGAGACUGUGUGAUCAAGGCAGCAACAAGUUGCUGUGGUUAGAAAGUCUAUCGUCUAAAACAACAAUUUACGAGUUCUUUGUCAUUCAUAACCAACUUGUGCAUACUGAAUGGAUUAGGUGUUGGCAUGUUAACUAUUUUUACAUUAGCUCUUGUGUUUAAUUAUGCACUUAUAAUGAGCUGCUGGAUAUUGCAUAUGAUGAUGUCUGCUAAAAGUUGACCGAACGGUCCAGAGGAGAUGACAAAGGGCCGAGCAGAGAGUGAAUGACUUGCAGUGUGUGGUCACAUUGUUAAUGGUAGUUCACAUUGCUGUACCCAAUAGACCAUACCAAACAGAAACUGAUCAUUACUGCACAUGUCACCAUUGAUACUACUAAUGUAUACCAUACUCAAUUAG